AUGCCCCCGCCCAAUAUUACUGGUAAUUUGCAUUUAGGUCAUUGUUUAGAUUUAAUUCCCCAAGACUUUUUGGUGCGUUAUUUUUACUUAAAAGGCCAAGCAAUUUACUGGAUUUCUGGCAUGGACCACGCGGGAAUUGCUACCCAAAAAAAAAUCGAGUCUUUCAAUCUGCCUAAUAUUCAAAAUAUUGAACAAAAGAGAAAUUACACUUUCAAUACUUGGUAUCCCCAAACCAAAAAAUCCUUUUUUCAACAAUGGGAGAAACUGGGUUUAUUAGUUGAUUACGAAAAUACUAGGUUUACCCUGGAUCCAGUUAUUCAAGAGCAAGUAAAACAAGCCUUUAUUCAAUUAUACAACGAUGUAGAAAAAGGUGAGAGUUUAGAAGCAGCCGCUAAAAGAGAAGUAUUUGAAGAAACUAAUUUAGCGAAUAAAGAACCAGAUAAAAUGCUAGAUAUCAAGUUUAUGGACAAAACUUCCCAAGAGGCAUAUGAAUACGCACAGUAUUUUUCUUAUUCCGCUUCUUCUAGUAAAUCAGAUUACUUGAAAAUGCUAGAUGGCGAAGAAGAAAAAUUAACCGAUAGUUAUUUACUAGUCGCUACCAGUCGACCCGAAACUGUUUUUGCCGAUGUAGCCUUGUUUGUUAAUCCCCAAGACCAGAGAUACCAAAAAUAUAUUGGUCAGAAAGUUCAGCAUCCGAUAACGCAAAAAGUUAUCCCCAUUUUGACCGACGAAAAAAUAAUUAUCGAUUUUGGCACCGGGGUUUUAAAAUGUACCCCUGGACAUGAUUUUUUUGAUUAUGAAUUAGGAAAAAAAUAUAAUUUGCCUUUGAAACUAGUAAAAGAACUACAAGAGCAGGAUAUUUGCCUAAAAAUUGAAACUUACCAAACUAAUUUGGCUAUUUCCCAAAGGAGCGGAGCAGCUAUUGAACCUUUACUCUCUACUCAAUGA